UUUAUUUAAGGGCUUAAAGUGGCGGCUUGUUCUGUCAUGUAGUAGCUACUUGUUUGUUCUCUUCACACAAUGGGAAAAGCCAAUAGUUCUAAUUCUUCCUCAUCUAUUAGCAGCAACACCUACCACCAACAUGUUAUUUCAACAGCAUCUUCUUUCACACAACAACUUCCCACAGAUCUUAGCCUUGGACUCUCCAUUUCCUCCACUCAACAUUUUCAUGUUGCCUCUUCUCUUUCAAGGGGGAAAUGUCAAUGGCAACAAAAUCACCCUCUUUCACAAGGUGUUGAAGUAAAUGAUUGUAGUGAUCAUAGUAGCUUCUUUGUGAAGGUGUACAUGGAAGGCAUUCCAAUCGGUAGAAAACUCAAUAUACUUGCUCAUGAAACUUACCAUGAGUUAGUAAACACCCUUGAACAAAUGUUUGACACAACUAUUCUCUGGGGAAAUGAGAUGGACAGAGUUCAACCAGAGAGAUGUCAUGUGUUAACUUAUGAAGAUGAAGAAGGGGAUUUGGUCAUGGUUGGUGAUGUUCCUUGGGAGAUGUUCUUAUCUACCGUUAAAAGGUUGAAGAUCACAAGAAUAGACACAUUUGGGUGUUAGAAAUAUGUCAACGAUUUCAACUUUUGUUCUCUAGAGUGAGACUUAAUAUUGUCUUUGUUAGCUUAUGAUAUAAUCUAUAAAAUCUUACUCUAGUUAAUUAAUUAGUGAAGUAUGCAGAAAGAUAUAGAUGUAUAUGCAUAGCUCACUUUGUUUUUAAUUUCUUUGAAGAAUAUGAAAAAGAAUAGUGUUGUACAUGUUCUACUCAUUAAGUGUGUUUCAAAAUAUCAAAUUUCAUGACAACGGAUUACAUUUAUGUAAAAA